AUGACAACUCUAUUGGAUAUCCCAGGCAGCAAUCCCCCAAAUCCCUUCUCCGCGCCAAUCCAAGCCCUUCUCACCCCUAGCAACCAUUCCCCGGCGCCAACGCCAGAUCAGACGGCGGCCUAUCUUGUCAACACCGUGACUACAUCUUCAGAUCCGGCCCACGCGCUCUGGGAGCUCUGGGACGCCUUUUUUACAGCCGUCGCCACGUCUUCAACUUCACACGACCCUCAUCUCGCCCUCCUCGAUGCCCUCCACGCGCACCCGCCAACGCAGCUUACCGUACGCGUAGGAUCCAAUGUCCGCAGCUACACCGAGGCCGACGGAAAGCUACACUGGCAGACACUGCCGCGGUUCAGCGCGCAGUGGCGCGAUGUGCAUGAUAUCCUCGAGGCCUGGCGCGGCUGGGACGGUGUGCGUGAUUCGGGUGCGGACAACUCUAGUACGCUAAGUAUUAGAGGCGACGAGUACUUUCUCCGGUUUUGCGCCUUCUCGGCCGCGCUAUUGAAAGUGACUAAUGGUAAGGGCCAGCUGCAUCCUAUAUGGGUUUUCUAUACGUGUCGCAACGUGCUAGAGUGUGAGGGACCCCGGUCCUGCCUACCAAGAGCGCAUAGGAUGCCGCCGGAGCAGCUGUGGGCGCUGGAUGUCCGGGUAGCAGCGACCUGGAUGCGAGAUGGGGGCCGGGCACUGUGGGAGGCAGACUAUGAGGAACUGCGGCGGCAUUGGGCGGCGGCAUUAAAUGAUAAGACGGAGCUGUGGCCGAGAGAGUAUGGGCUGACGCGGGAGCGGUGGGUAUUGUGGGGAGAGAGGCUGCGGGCUUUAAGUAUAGAGGGAAGCUUGGACGAGGAAACUCAGGCGGUGGUUACAGAAGCUGCUGAUGUGGUUAGCGCUAUUCUGGAAGAAGACUCGAUUUAG